AAAAACAGGAAGCGCUUUACACAAGCGUUCAACAAGACGCGUUUAGGAAAGUAGCUGUAGUAUUUACAGCAGUGUUAGCCUUAUACCUGUCUGAUAAAGUACUUAGCAUCUGGUGGAAAUUUGCAACGUACUUGCACCGUGUUUUUUAAUGUUCUGCCAAUGAAGAGUUGAAUAUUAUAUUCUCGGUAUGAGUUUAGAGGUGGCUUGCUUGUCAUUUCGCCAGCCGUACGCUACUCUUGUGUUGAAUGGGGUGAAGACUAUAGAGAGCCGCUGGCGGCCCCUGCUGUCAGAGCGGCGGAACUGCACGCUAGCGGUUCACAUCGCUCAGAAGAGCUGGGAGGGAGAGGACUGGAGACUCAUCCUCACUGAAAGGCUGGGAAUGACAACCGUGCAAACGGAGCAACUGCUGGAGUCUGGAGAAAGGUUCGGGCGUGGUGUUAUAGCAGGUCUUGUGGAUGUUGGGGAGACGUGGUGUUGUCCUGAGGAUGUUCCCUGUGAAGAGAUGAGAGAGCUGGAAACAGCAGCUUGCUUGACUGAACUCAAAAUGAAAUACCUCACAAGACUCUCAAACCCCCGGUGGCUCAGUGAACCAAUAUAUUCUAGGGGCCAUAAAGACGUGUGGACGGUACACAUCCCAGUUCAUCUCCUGCCCUCUGCUCCUUCUCAUCCGUAACAGCAAAAUAUUCAGUUGUGUAUUUGUGUCUGAGAUGUGCCUCCCUGGAGAUUUGCAAUCCUAUGUAAUGUGUGCAAGUUGUUUUUUCAACAUGAAAUAUAAAAAAGGCAUUUGUUACAUUUAUAAUGAUGAGGUAACAGGGCUCUUGGAACAUUAAAAUGGUACACAAACAUGUAGGCCUACGUGUUAUUUCAGGGGAAGUGAGCAUUCAAUACUUCAAAAUGGAUCAAUACAUUUUACAUUAUGCGAGCAUAGUUCAUCUUAUUUCUGUUUUCCUCAUUACCUGGGCAUCGCUGAGAAGCCAGGAUUUGGGAUUUGGAAAGGAUUUGGAUUUGGAGGAAGCCAGAUGGGCAUUCACCGGUCCGUUAAC